AAGUGUUGUGUGCUCUUUUUAAACAUUUACCUGCUCACAUUAUCCUCUUCUCUCUGUGUUUUUUCCACUAAACUCUGUCUGUCCCCAUACUCUGCCUCCGCCGAGGCCCGAGCCAUGACCACCCUGGAGCCCGUAGCCCGUGGCCGGUAGUGGAGCGCGGUGGAGCGGCGUGGGACCGGCUGAGACACCGCAGGAGCCGAGGGGAAAAGGCGGAAGAACGGCCAACCCAGAGAUGCUACCGUGCUACAGCGGCCGAGGCUAACUCCCUGCCCCGGAGAAGGAUGCAGGUGCCUGGGGGUUAACUCCAGGACUGCCCGCGGAGAGGUGACAUUUGUUUCGUUUUGGCCUACACCUGAAGCACAAUGUCGAGCCGGAGGAAGUCCACCACACCAUGUAUGGUCCCCAAGCAGGAAGCAGCCGAGUCGGACCAGGAAGACCUCUGCAUUGCUGACCAAUCAGAGCGCAGCAGUGCCAGAGGGGGUGGGGCCACAGUCAGAGCCCUGGACAGCGAUGAUGACAUCAUGCAGGCGGACGUGUUCCCAGUGGGAGGAGGCGGAGCAUCAGAGGGCGGAUACGAGUGUAAAUACUGUAGCUUCCAAACAUCAGAGCUGAACCUGUUCACCAGUCACGUGGACACGGAGCACCCACACAUUGUCACCAACACCUCGUAUGAGUGUGUGGAGUGUGACUACAGCACAAAAAGUUACGACACACUGCAGGCUCAUAACGCACGCUGCCACCCUGGGGAGGAAAGCUUCACUCGCACCAUGCUCACACGGAACAACCAAACGGUUUUUCAGCAGAGCGUCAACGACCUCACGUUCGACGGAAGCUUUGUCAAAAUGGAGCAUGGCGAAAGUGAAAGUGGUGCUCCGCCCAUCGCCAUGAGCCACACCCCCAUCAUGAGACAGAAGCUACACGGCAAGAAGUUCAACAAACUCCUGAGCCACGAUGUCAUCAAAGUGGAGAGUGACAGCGAGGAAGACUACGACAGCAAAGAAAUGCCCGUGCUAAGCCCUGCCCCCAUGACUCCCGUGGCUCCUGUGACCCCCGUGGCUCCUGUGGCUCCACGGCUUGUCUCUGUUCCUCCAAAUCUCGUUGUGAAUGGCCCCAAUGUGCUGCAGGUCAAAGGAGCAGGUGGCGGUGCUAGCAGCGUGUUAGCACCGGGUACAUUAGCUCAGGUGCUGUCGGCGCUUCAGGGACACACAGCUCCAUGCACGCCCCAAACUCAGCUUCUGAUCCCAGUCAGCAGCAUCCCCUCCUACAGCCCUGCCAUGGACAACAACGUGCUGCUCAUCGGAGCCUACAACAGGUUCCCGUACCCGUCGGUGUCGGAGAUCUUGGGCCUCUCGUCUCAGACGAAGUUCAGUGAAGAACAGAUCAAAGUUUGGUUUUCAGCUCAGAGACUGAAGCAUGGAGUGAGCUGGACACCAGAGGAGGUGGAGGAAGCGCGGCGUAAGAAGUUUAACGGCGCUGUGCAGGCUCCGCCCACCAUCACUGUGAUCCCGGCAAGCCUGGCGUCUGGUGGGCUCCAGUCACUGUUUCAGACGUGUCACAUUGUCGGGCAGCCAGGGCUUGUGCUAACGCAGGUACCCGCUAAUGCUAAUGGAAACGCACUGCCCGUAGCCCCGCCCAUCACCCUCACCGUCACAGGCGCCAUUCAAAACAACCAAACUGGCAACCAACCACUUGCCUCCGAGCCCACAGAGACCCAGACCAAGACCGAGACUGCCUCAGGAUUGGACCAGAGUCCCACCAAACCCAAGAAGUCCAAAGAACAGCUCGCCGAGCUCAAGGCCAGCUACGGCCGUCGGCAGUUCGCCACCGAGGCAGAGAUCUCACGGCUAAUGCAGGUGACCAAACUGUCCAAACGUGCCAUAAAGAAGUGGUUCAGUGACACUAGAUACAACCAGCGGAACUCCAAGGACCAUCAUGGGUUGCCCCCCCUUGAGACUCCUCCUCGGGCCGGGUCUGGUCCUGGGUUUGGGACUAGAACCAUCGACCCAGGCCUCAGUGCUGGACGGUCAGAGCUGGACUGUAAACCCAGUCUUGGCGGGACCAUUAUUAUCGACUCGAGCGAUGAUACAGAUGGAUCUCCGAGCUCUGGGCGCGACAGAGAGACCGGGGCUUUGGUGUCACGUAGCCCCUCUGGCCUCAGGGCCAAGUUCAGAAAUGCGUUCCCGGACUUUACACUGCAGAAGUUUAAGGAGAAGACUCCGGAGCAGCUGCAGGAGCUGGAAGCCAGUUUUCAGAAGAACCACACUCCUUCUGACGAGGAGCUGAGCCGUUUGAGAGCUCAAACCAAACUCACCCGAAGAGAGGUCAAUGCCUGGUUUACAGAGCGACAGAAACUGCCCUCAGAUGGACACGCCCAUAAAGACCACAGAGACCACGCCCCCGCGGAACAGGCUGCAGAGGACUGUCCCUCUUCCCCCCAGCAGAGGGCGUGUGGGGGCCGACGGGCAGUGAAAAAGACGCUGGCACAGCUGCACGUGCUGAAAAUGGCAUUUGUGAGGUCACAGUGGCCCUCGCCAAAUGAAUACGAACGACUUGCCAAAGAGACCGGCCUCCCACGCUCCCACAUCGUCAACUGGUUUGGAGACACACGCUAUGCCUGCAAGAACAGCGCCCUCAAGUGGUACUACUUGUACCAGAGCGGAAAGGUGGAUGAGGCGUUAAAUGGAGGAGCAAAGAAGAAAUCGAGGAAGCGUUUCCGAGGCUGGUCCCGACGAAGGCGAGCUCAGAGUAAGCGCUCCACCCAGGACUUCAGAGCAGUGAAGAUGAAGUCAGGGACGUGGUUUCUGAAGGAGUAUUACCUGCGACACCGCGGCCUGAGCGAGAGAGACCUAGAUGAGCUUGUGUCCAAGUCCGGGCUUAGCUACGAACGAGUACGAGACUGGUUCAACCAAGUCCAGAGCCGAGAGGAGCAAGGUCUACAGGGUUUCAAGGAGGGUGAAGAAGAGGAGGAGGGAGAGGGAAAGGAGGAGAUGGAGGAAGAGGAGGAGGAGAUAGUGGAGGAGGAGACUGCUGAAGCGGAAGAGAUAGAGGAGCCGUCUGAAGAGGCAGAGAGGGGAGAAGAAGAGGAGAGGGGAGAGGGCAUGGAGGAUGAAGAGGAGGAAGAGGAAGACAGUGAGGGAGAGAUGGAGCUACAGGAACAAGGAGCCCAGGAGGGAGAAGCCAGCCAAUCACAGCCCGAGGAGGAGCAGAGCAACCAAUCACAGCCCGAGGAGGAGCAGAGCAGCCAAUCACAGCCUGAGGACGAGCAGAGCAACCAAUCACAGCCCGAGGAUGAGCAGAGCAACCACUCGCAGACAGAGGAGAGGCAAUGCAACAGCCAAUCACAGCCUGUCACCGAGGAGCAGACGUGAG